AUCGAACCGGUGUUCCAGUGUGGCGGUCAGAGCGGUGUCUGGACAGCAAGCGUGAUCAUACUGUCAAUCGGAAGCUGGGUCGGGAAAGGGAAAGUUGGCCCACGACCAGCCGAUGGCGAGACUGCACACCUGACAUCGCCCAAGGAAAGGUUGGAGACCGUGCGGCAGGUUCUUUCCGAGGUGCCUUUGAUCGACGGCCACAAUGAUCUGCCCUGGAACAUUAGAAACUUCGUUCACAACCAACUGGCCGAAUUCGAUUUCGACAAGGAUCUACGACAGGUCGCGCCUUGGAGCAAGAGCGCCUGGAGUCAAACUGACUUGGUUAGGCUACGUCAAGGCAUGGUCGGCGGUCAGUUUUGGGCUGCUUACGUGCCGUGCGAGUCGCAGCAUCUCAACGCGGUCCAGCUGACUCUGGAGCAGGUGGACCUCAUUAAGAGGCUCAUAGAGAAGUACUCGCAACACAUGCAGUUCGCUGCAUCUUCAACGGAGAUUCUGGAUGCUCACGAAAGAGGCAGGAUAGCUUCAUUGAUUGGGGUGGAAGGUGGACAUAGCCUAGGAAGCAGUUUAGCUGUUUUAAGAACACUGUAUCAAUUGGGUGUACGGUAUCUCACACUCACGCACACUUGUAACACACCGUGGGCGAAAAGUUCGUCGGUAGAAGACGAAGAGGAGGAUGGAGGCGGUCUAACGGCGUUCGGGAAAACAGUAGUUCAGGAAAUGAAUAGGCUGGGAAUGCUGAUAGACCUUAGUCAUACAGCGAGGGCAACCAUGAGGGACGCUUUAAGAGCCAGCAAAGCACCCGUCAUUUUUUCUCACUCCUCGGCCUUCGCUAUUUGUAAUUCCUCGAGGAACGUUCCCGACGACAUUUUAAGGCAGCUGGCUGCUAACGGUGGAUUGGUGAUGGUGACGUUUUAUAAUUACUUCGUGAAAUGUGGCUCUCAGGCGACCGUCUCCGACGUUGCCGAGCACAUUUACUACAUUAAAAACCUAAUUGGUGUGGACCACAUCGGUGUCGGUGGCGACUUCGAUGGUAUCAACAAGACACCCAGAGGACUGGAGGAUGUCUCCAAGUAUCCGGAACUGUUCGCCGAACUUCUUCGAAGUGGGAACUGGAACGUGUACGACUUAAAGAAAGUCGCCGGACUGAACCUGCUGAGAGUCCUUCAAAAGGUGGAAAAAGUGAGGGACGACAUGAGAACAGCCGGUAUGACGCCUUCCGAAGAAUACCUUCAGGAUUCUCCCGACACAACCGGCAGUUGUGCGCUCGAUAUCAAUUCCGUGCAAACGGUCAUGGAGAUUUGAUCGUUCUAUCGUGCCCUUCUAUAGUUUCCGGAUGGUGUGCAAAUUACUUCUCCACGAGCACCCUGCCGUCCUAUGCUCGACUAGACGAGCUGAGUCGCGUCGGAACCGGAGAAGCCCUAGCAGAACGAGCGAUCCAAGAGAGAGAAAGAGAAAGAGAGCUUCUCAUUGCUUGAUUCUUGCCCGCCUACAAAAUCUGUCCCUUUUUAGAUGCUCAAUCAGGAUAACAAUUGAACGAGAGAAAAAAGAAAGGAUGAAGAACCUACCUCGAACGAAAUACACAGCUUCGAAUGUCUAAUUUGCUGGGCUGUAGGUUUCUUUUGCUUGAAAGCACAAACAUAGAAUAUUAUUAUUUUUCAACGAGCCUCUGCAAAACUGUUAAUUCGCCAUGUUUAUAAUUAUUCGAACGAUUAAGAAAAUACGACGAUCGUGUUUUUAUCAUAACAUUUAUUUUAUUAUCGUUAACGUUAAAAUAAUCAUUAAGCAUUACGAAAUUCACGUUCUAAAUUACCCAUGUAUCUGUCAACAAUAAUUUAAGGCUUAAGUUUUAAGUAGAGGAAAACUGAUUAUAAAAUCGUCUGUAUUUUAACAUUUAUAACAACCAUAUUUUGGUAUCUCGUACAUAUGUUUCAGAACAGACAUGUACAAGGUAACAAUGCUAUUUUUCAUAGGAGUAAUAGCAACGCAUUGUAAAAUUUAUUAUAAAAAGAAAUACGUGUAUUCUAAUAUGCAAUCUUUGAAUAAAGCGUAAACAGAUUUUUCUCCAUUUCAUAGUUUUACGAUACAAAAGCUGUUAAUUCGAAGAAUUGUGUACAUCACUGGGAGAAUUUAAAAUUUUCAUUGUCGUUCGAAGAGUUAUAGAGCGCUGUGUUCUUCAAGAAAAUAAGUUUUGUCGAAAAUCAGGCUAUAUCCUACAAUUUGAUAUUGUAUACGUGCGAGUAUAUAUACCUCCGACGUAUGUUUAAAAACACCACUAAAUAAUUUAAUGAAAAAGAAUUUAGUUUCAAAUCGAUCAGUUACAAUUAAAAAGAUCAUACUUCUAGAUAAUGUUUUUGACGUACUAGAAGUACCAAAUUGCAUGAAAUUCUUGUAAAAAAUGAUUUCUGAAAUGCCAAACAAAACGAUCAAUUAUGCGUAAAUCGGUACACCGAAAAAAAUAAAGAGAACAUAUUGUGACAAUAUAGAAAUCUUCUAAACUAUGUCACUGUCGUACUGUAAAAGAAAAAAAUAUUAUGUGUAAACCCGGCUGUGUAUCUUCAUAUGUCUUCCCCCCUUCGUUGCACCAAAAAUACGUGCACUUUAGCGUUAAUAAUUUGAGGAAUCAAAAUGAGCAAAUCCAUAUCUGAAAGAAUCACGGGUUUAUUUGAAAAACAUUAUUAUAGUCGUUGAAGUGAAAAAGGUUUCAGAAGGAAAACAUAUCUGUUUUAACGAAAUGACGCAAAGAAAAAGCAUAUUCGCAAAGUGAAUCUUGCUGUUAGUAUUAUAGAGAGGAGAAUAUUGUUAUACAAAACAAAAUGCUUUCAAAAAAUAAGAGAUACUUGGAUAAGAUAAAAAUUGCUCACAAGAACUAUUGUCGAUAGAAUUCAAACGUGUGUGAGUGUUUCUCAACGUGUUAUGUCGGAUGUAAUCUAUCACUUAUACACAUCCAAAUUUUCCUCGACAAAAGCAUCAUCUAAUAUCUUCGACGACUCGCUGGAAGUUUCUGGGGUUUUGAUAAAAAUUCACCCCUGCGAUUUUCAUGUGUCACCAUUCACCUAUUUGUGUCCUGUGUGCACUUACUAUGUGAUUCAUGCGAGUUGAUUCUUCAGAAAAAAUUGCUAUCGGAUAACAAACAGAAUGAAGAUAACUCGUAUGGAUUAUACCUAACUCCUACACGAGGAGUAGGUAAGAAACUUUAGAAUAUCAAAAAUUCCGUUGUAGCUUCGCAGCGGAUUCUAUAAAUAAAUGUUUCUAUUGUAUACUUGUCA